GACUAACCGGAAAACUCCCCGGAAAAAAAAAAUUCUGUUAAACCCAUAAUUUUUUCAGUUUUUCUGAUAGAUAUCUCAAAUGGGUGAUCAAAUUUGUACAAGAAAAGUCAUUGUAGAAGUCUGUAAUGCUAAAAAUCUAAUGCCUAAAGAUGGUCAAGGCACUGCUAGUGCUUUCGCCAUCGUUGAUUUCGAUGGCCAACGACGUCGUACUAAGACCAAGUUUCGAGAUCUCAACCCUCAAUGGGAUGAGCGUCUCGAGUUUUUGGUCCAUGAUGUUGAUUCAAUGGCGUCUGAGAUACUUGAAUUGAAUGUGUAUAAUGAUAAGAAGAUCGGAAAAAGGAGUAAUUUCCUUGGGAAAGUUAAGAUUCCCGGUAGUACUUUCGUCGGAGUUGGGUUGGAAAGUUUGGUUUAUUAUCCGUUGGAGAAACGGAGUGUUUUUUCGCAGAUUAAAGGUGAGAUUGGGCUUAAGAUUUGGUAUGUAGAUGAAGAAAUUCCGCCGCCGCCGCCAGUAACGGAGGAGAAAAAGGAGGAAGUUGCAGCGGAGGCAGCGCCGGAGAAGAAAGAAGAGAAACCCCCAACUCCGGCGCCGGAGGUGAAAGAGGAGAAACCCUCUACUCCGACUGAGGAAAAGAAAGAGAAAUCGGAGAAGAAGGAAGAGGAGAAGAAACCGGAUGAAUCAGCUGAGAAGAAGGAAGAAACCCCACCGAAAAAAGACGGCGAACCACCAGCAGCGGCAACAUCACCACCGGAGCAGCAACCGGAAGUAAUGGAGCAUCCACCAAUAGCUCAACACAAACCCCCAAAUAAAAACCCAUCAGCAAAUGAAAACACCAGUGAGCUCAAAAUCCUUCAUAAGAAUCUCUCCACCGGAGUUGAUCGUCGAACAGGGGCAUUUGAUCUCGUCGAUCAAAUGCCAUUUCUAUAUGUUCGACUUGUGAAGGCGAAACGGGCUCAUCACGAGCCCGAUUCGUCUGCUUAUGCAAAACUGGUAAUCGGAACUCACAGUAUAAAAACCAAAUCACUCGCUGAUUACAGAGAAUGGGAUCAAGUUUUCGCGUUCGACAAAGAUGGAUUGAACUCAACUUCAUUAGAAGUCUCAAUUUGGGUCGAAAAGAAAGGAGCAGAUGAUAAAAUCGUCGAAAAUUGCAUCGGAAAUGUGUCGUUUGAUUUGCAGGAAGUUCCCAAAAGAGUGCCGCCGGACAGUCCAUUAGCUCCACAAUGGUACAGUUUAGAAGGUGUCACCGGCGAUCAGAACCCACCGGGAAAUGACGUUAUGCUGGCGGUGUGGCUCGGGACUCAGGCGGAUGAAGCUUUUAACGAGGCGUGGCAGUCGGAUUCCGGUGGGCUGAUACCGGAAACCCGAGCCAAAGUUUACCUUUCUCCGAAGCUGUGGUAUUUAAGGCUAACGGUUAUCCAAACCCAAGACUUGCAGCUAGGUUCGGGUGGUACCGAGCCUAAGGUUCGGAGUCCGGACCUCUACGUGAAAGCUCAGCUCGGGGCGCAGUUAUUCAAGACGAGCCGAACCACGGUGGGCACGUCCAGCUCGGCGUCCAAUCCCACGUGGAAUGAAGACCUUGUCUUCGUUGCCGCCGAGCCGUUCGAGCCGUUUUUGGUGAUCACAGUGGAAGAUGUUACUAAUGGUCAAGUGGUGGGGUAUGCUAAGGUACAGGUCACAUCCAUCGAUAAGCGUACCGACGACAAAUCAGAGCCAAGAUCAAGGUGGUUCAAUUUGAUUGGUGACGAGAAAAAGCCAUAUGCCGGUAGAAUACACGUGCGAACUUGUUUGGAGGGUGGGUAUCACGUGCUUGAUGAAGCAGCACAUUUAACAAGUGAUGUCAGAGCCACAGCAAAACAAUUAUCCAAACCACCUAUUGGAUUGCUUGAAGUUGGUAUAAGAGGGGCCAACAAUCUCCUCCCUGUGAAAACAAAAGACGGUACACGUGGCACCACCGACGCCUACGUGGUGGCCAAGUACGGGCCUAAGUGGGUCCGGACACGUACUAUCCUCGAUCGUUUCAAUCCGAGGUGGAACGAGCAAUAUACAUGGGACGUGUACGAUCCUUGCACCGUGCUAACGAUCGGGGUGUUUGAUAACGGGAGGUACAAGCACGACGAUGCACUCAAAAAGGACGUACGACUCGGGAAGCUAAGGGUACGACUCUCAACGCUCGACACAAAUAAGGUGUACAUGGGUACUUACUCACUCAUGGUCUUGCUCCCUAGUGGUGCAAAGAAAAUGGGUGACAUUGAGAUUGCUUUAAGGUUUACUUGUUCAUCAUGGUUGAGUUUGAUACAAGCUUAUACUAAUCCUAUGUUGCCAAGAAUGCAUUACGUACGCCCAUUUGGUCCAGCCCAACAGGACAUAUUAAGGCACACAGCUAUGAGGAUUGUGACAGCAAGAUUGGCUAGAUCAGAACCAGCAUUGGGUCAAGAAGUGGUUCAAUGUAUGUUGGAUUCCGACACACACAUAUGGAGCAUGAGGCGUAGUAAGGCGAAUUGGUUCAGGGUGGUGGGGUGCUUGUCUAGAGCAGCCACGUUAGCUCGUUGGCUCGAUGGAAUUCGUACAUGGGUGCACCCACCAACAACAAUCUUGGUACAUAUACUAUUAAUAGCCAUUGUGUUAUGUCCACACCUAGUCUUACCUACAAUAUGUAUGUAUGCAUUCUUGAUCAUUUCCCUGAGGUACCGAUAUCGCCAACGUGUUGCAAUCACAAUGGAUCCUCGAUUGUCCUACGUAGAUGCAAUAGGCCCCGAUGAGCUCGACGAGGAGUUUGAUGGGUUCCCAAGCUCGAGGCCUAUGGAACAUGUUCGUGUGCGAUACGAUAGGUUGAGGGCACUAGCAGGGAGGGCACAAACACUACUAGGUGAUGUAGCAGCACAAGGGGAAAGACUAGAAGCAUUGUUCAAUUGGAGGGAUCCUAGAGCUACUGGUAUAUUUGUGAUUGUGUGUUUAUUUGCUUCAUUGGUGUUUUAUGUGGUUCCAUUUAAGGCAUUUGUGUUAGGGUCAGGGCUGUACUACUUACGCCACCCUCGGUUCCGCGACGACAUGCCAUCGGUCCCCGUCAACUUUUUCCGGCGACUACCACCACUUUCCGAUCAAAUUCUUUAA